AUGGCUGCACCACUGCACGGGGGUCACCUCGUCAGGUGGACGCCCCUGGAGCCGCCCGCUGCCCUCCUGGGCGCCCUCGCGGUGGCCCUGCCACGGCCGUUCCGCGCCCGGCGCGCCGCCCCGCGAGGCCCCGGGCCGGGCCGGGGCGGGGCGCAGCCCCCGGGGGGCGCCGAGGGUCCGGGCGGCCGGCCGCGGCGCAGCGUGCUGGGCGAGCGGGAGCGCAGGCGGCGGAUCGCGGCGAGCUGCGAGCGCCUGCGGGGCCUGCUGCCCGGCUUCGCGGGCCGGCGCGAGGACAUGGCGGCGGUGCUGGAGAUGGCCGUGCGCUUCCUGCAGCUGGCGGGCGCCCGCGCGGAGCCGGAGCCGCAGCCCGCCCUGCCGCCCCCCGAGCCGCGGCGCCCGUGGACCCAGGACGCCGAGCAGAGCCCCGCCGGGGCCCGGGGCCGCGGGCCGGCGACCGCGCCGCGGGGCGCCCUCAGCUGCGUGGCCGCCAGCGUGGACCAGGGCAGGGCCCUGCCGGGCACGGAUGAGGAGCCGGACGGGCCGGCGGCCGCCCUGGGGGCUCCCAGCCCUGUGCCCUGGCCCCCCGUCUGGAGUCCCCCGGGGCUGCCGAGGCCCCCCCCACCUCGGCCCCCCUUGGGGAGCGAAGCUGCUGGGAGCUGCCAGGCCCGGUUGCUGCCAGAUGCCAGCCGGGGUCUCCGCUCCAGGUGCGCGUUGGGCGGUGGCGUGGACGACAAGAUGUCCCUCCCGCUGGCGGCUAGCCCCGACUGUGGCCGGGUGAGUGGGGCGUGUGGCAGGGCGCCAGGGGCACCCCCGGCCAGGAGCAGUCUGCUGGACAGGGUGGAGUUCGGCUUCCCGGGGGACCCUGCGCCCCUGGAGCCAUCGGGCUCGGAUGUGGGCUGCCCGGGCCUGGCCCUGGGGGACGAGGUGGACGGCAUCUUCCCCAACUUCCUGACGUACUAG